AAGCAGAAGAUUCCAUGACAAACCUCCUCCUCUGCUUUCAAAUGCCCAUUCACCAUUCAAAAUUUUCGUGGCUGUAAGAGAAACCCAACUGUUAAUUUUUGCCCUUCUCCAAAUUUUCGUGGCUCGUCAAAGUUCCUUUCCCUCUGCUAAUGAAGUGAGCCAUCUUCAGAAAUUCUUUCUUAUUGCGGAAUUACAUAAACAUCUGGUACUAAGCUUUUGUACUUGUGUCUUUACGGCUAUGAGGAAAUCAUGCUAACUUCAUUGGCAGUUGGGAAAUUAUGGACUAUUGGAGAGCCAAACUCCUUUCUAAAGGCUAGUCUAGGUGGUAUAUCACAAGUUAGUACUAAAGGGUGCAAUGUGCCUUUCCAGAAUUCCUUAGAGAGCCAUCAUGUACAUAAAUUACAUACCUGUUCUCCCUUUAGAAUUCCUGCUUGCGGAUUAAGGAGUCAGCACCUAUGGGGAGAUUGUAAACAAGAAAUACCAAGGAGCUUACUGUGCCAUCUGCAUGUUAGUGCAUCAUCAGAUGAGGAUUAUCGCUCAUCUCGCAACAUAGCAAUAAGCCUGUUUAAACGGUACAGAAAUGUAAUUGAUCGCGGAGGUGGGGAUAACCUAAAAGAAUUUAUCAAUGCUGGGGUGAAUGCAUAUGCUCUUGGUUGUACUGAUGAGGGUUUAAGGAAAGAACUUCUUGACAUGAAGAAUUCUGGCACUGAGGUUGAAGGGAUGGAAACAUAUGGUGGGGGCACAAGCUUGAGGUUCAGAAUUCUUUCAGAUGAGGUCCAUGAGUGUAUUCUGUGGCUUAGUAUCGUGUUUAUCACCAUUCUGUGCACACCACAGCCAACUGUAGUCAGGUGGUCGUCUAUUCCACCUGUCUCGACUGACAUCAUGCUUCAGUGGAAAGGGUUUUGUGCUCUUAUAGCAAAUGCUUAUUAUACAAGAGGAAUGGCAUGGCUACCUGUGAAAACUCUCCAGCUAGAACAAAUGGCUGUAAUGGGCAGUGCUGAAGAGCCGUCGGUUGUUGCUAGCCGGAUGCGAUUAGUAUUUAGUACACUAGAGGUAGUCAGUCCACAAUGGCCAAGAGUUUAGCUAAGCUUUAGUUUAUCACAAAAAGGUUUUACUUGUUCAGUGGCAUGAAAGGAACUGGCUAGUAAUUAUCUCAAUCAUCUGGAGGAAUGAAAAGGAUAUUUUUCCACAACCAAGUUCGUUUGUUGAGCAAAGCCAUGAAUUUAUUUUAUGUACAAGGUUUGUGUAGUAUGAGUGCAAAUAACAAUUUCACGAAUUAAAUUAUUUGAUAUAUUGAUGUAUAAAUAUGGCCCAUUGUCAUGAGACCAGGCAGUGCAAAUUUCUGUGACGAUAUAUGACAUAUCCUGCAUAUGGUACAAGUCUAAUGAAAUUCUAAAUGUGUAUAUAUAUCCUAAUAUUAUGUCAGUUUUUUGGUUA